AUGGCCUCAACAGGGGUUUUCGGCCUCAAGCGGCAUAAUCAUUGGAAACAGAAAUGGGGAGCAAAAGGUCCAGAAGAACAGACAGAUGCGGUCAUCAUCGUGGGCAACAUCAGAAUCCCGGUGCACAAUACGAUCUUGGCGGCUGGCAGUCAAUAUUAUCGCCAGUGGCUCGCCAUCCGGCCGCGAAAGACCGAGAUCCCCGAAAUCCAGCUCCAUUAUGUCAAUGUCCACACCGCCUGGAGAGUGAUAGAGCUGCUAUACUGCCAGAGCUACACACUCAAGCCCUGUCGACAUGCCGAUCAACCAGUUGGGUCACAUGACCAGCACGUGAAAGCUCACAUCCGCGCUCAGGGUGACGGUCACUUUCUCUAG